UGCUAAAUAUAUAUUUAAUCCCAAUCAAAGAGUUUAGCAGAAUUUUACUGGCAGAAAAUGCAAUAUAAACCUGGUCACACUGAUCUUUUCUUUUCGACGAUCUUGUCAAUUUCAGAUUGUCGGGCCAGGUAUUUAAAUCCUAGCCAUGGUGCGUAUGAACGUAUUAAGCGAUGCCCUUAAAUCCAUUCACAAUGCUGAGAAGCGCGGGAAACGGCAAGUGCUUAUCAGACCUUGCUCUAAAGUAAUAGUCAAGUUCCUGACAGUAAUGAUGAAGCAUGGUUAUAUUGGAGAGUUUGAAAUCGUAGAUGACCACAGAGCUGGCAAAAUUGUCGUUAACCUCACAGGCCGAUUAAAUAAAUGUGGAGUUAUCUCGCCUCGAUUUGAUGUACCAAUAAAUGAUAUUGAAAGAUGGACUAACCUCCUCCCGUCCCGGCAAUUCGGAUACCUUGUGCUUACCACAAGUGGCGGUAUUAUGGAUCAUGAAGAAGCCAGAAGGAAACAUCUUGGAGGGAAAAUUCUAGGCUUCUUUUUCUAAGUUUACACAAUACAUAUAAAAAUGUACUUUUGUGUUUUAUUCCAUAUUAUCAUCAAAGACAUUUGGGCAUUAUGCAAUAUAUUCAACUCACCAA